AUGGGUCCAGAGACUAUGAGCGCUUCCAGCUCCGUGUCUGGAGUCGCAGCCGGACAGCUGGAUGGCGCAGUUGUUGGCGAUACUGACGAGCAUGUGGAUGAUGACGAUGCUGCUGUCAAGCCGGAGGUUGGUGGCGCGGGAACGGGCCGCUGGGGGCUUAUUGGAGGUGGCUGUGUGGUCGUCGCUGUCCGGUCGACGCGUAUGCUUGUGCGCUUCGAAGGCGUCCGUCGCCCAAACACGCAAGAUACUCUGGCCCGCAUGCACCGCUGGCAAGCUUUUGCUCCGGCCGAUACAGAACAUUUAAGCUUCUGGACGCGACAGCGGUCGCACGACAUGCGCAGAGAUAGAAGCGAGCUGUCACUGCAGCGCAUGUCAACUUUGGGUAGCAUUUGGGGUGAUGUCGUAGCAGUAGUGGAUGGGUCACGAACUCUGAUCAUUGCUGUAAAGGCGUCCCACGAGGUUCCAUUACUCGCACCAUGGCCGUCGGCAGGCAAUGGUUUCUAUAUAGACUCUUGGCAAGAUCGCGUGUCAUGA